GGUAGAGAGAGAUGCGAGAUUUCCUUCCCCAGAGUUCCAUCCACUCGUUCUAACCAAACCUUUUAGGGACACUUUUUUCCAUUUUCUUUUUUUGCAUCGAAAGAAGAUCGAAAGGAUGGGUGGACGCGGUGUGAAGCAAGUACCGGCGUUCUUCAAGUACACGCUGUUCGCCUUCAACCUCAUCAUCUUGAUCGGGGGCAUCAUCUUGGCGAUCGUGGGGGUGGUGGCCGUGACGGAUGAGAGAUUGCUGAACGGCAUGGAAUUCGCAAACGACCCAACGAUGAGAGCUGGCGCCAUCUUCGCGAUCGUCGUCGGCAUCGUCACCGUCUUCUUCUCGUUCCUCGGAUGCUGCGGGGCCCUCAGGGAAUCCUCGUGCCUCCUCAUCACCUACGCCGUGCUGACGUCCCUGGCCCUGAUGGGGGUCGGGGCGGUGUCCAUCGUCGCGUUCCUCUUCGAGUCGGUCGUCGGGGACAGUAUGAUGCAGGCCCUCGUCGACGGCAUGGGUGAAUACGACGAGGGUGAAAACGGGAACUACAACACUGUCGCCUGGGACACCCUGCAGCAAAUGGGCCAGUGCUGUGGAAUCGACGGUCCCGAGGACUGGGGCCAGCGCAAACCGUUCAGCGACGAUGGAGCGGUGCCGAAGAGCUGCUGCAAGGACGUGCUCAAGUGCAUCAGGGAGCAAAGCAGCGACGACAUCAACCGCGCUGGUUGCAAGAUGGUCUUCCUGAAACUGGAAGAAUACGCAGGGACUCUGGCCAUCGUCGCCCUCGUCUUCUCCAUCCUCAUGUUCUUCCCUUCAGACACGGCGGCGGCACAUGGGGUUGGUUCUCGAUUCCUCCAGGAUACACCGUCAGCGACAGGAUUCUCAGACAAUCCAGUCCAGGAAUGGCGACAGCAACGGGGUCCUCGGAAAUCGGCAUCGCCUGCUUUGAAGAGACGUGAGAGACGUGAGAGACGAGAAGGAAGGAAUUCCUUCGCCAACGGACUCCUGAUUGGUGAAAGGGGGAAGGUGGAAAGGAGGCCGGAAGAAGGGGAGAUGGAUAUCUGCAUGGGAAGGGGGAGUGUCAAGGUCGACCACUGCAUCCAAGGAGGAAAGGGAGGGUAUAAAAGCUGUUCCAAGCAGAAAUUCCGAGUAGUUCCGACGAGGUCUCAGUCAUCACCGUCACCCAGUGGAGUUGCUAGGAAGACCAAAGGAGGAGAGAACCCAUUUCUUGAGAGGACCUCUGGAGGGUACGACAAAGUGAAGGCGUUGCUGGCGUCAUUUCUGGAGAGGAUGGGGAACGGGGAACCCCUGACCCUCGUCAACUCCCUGGAGGCCAUGACGAUCUGAAGAUCCUGCGGCAAUGUCGUUAAUACCCAGAGCCACUUGAAGCCAAGACGCCAAGCGAUACGAAGGUCGAGAAGACUCAGGACUGUUGCUGACCUUGCCUUUUGGGAAAAGGUUGUAUAAAAAGUUUCAUGAAAGA